GAGAGACAGAUACCUUAGCCUGUAGGAAUAAAAUGGUCAGACAAAAUAGUUUUCCUUUUAUAAGAAUAGAUGACAAAAUAUGUGUGUUUGGAUAUAUUCACGCUAAUUUCUCUUUAUUUUUUUUGCAUAUACUAUAUUGUGUUGUAUCUUGAAGUUAUAUAUUGGUCUCUAGGUGGGGUUUGUAGCCGUAAAGUCCCUAAGAAAGAAACAAUUAUUCACAAAACUAAGUGCUUGAUCCUUUCUUUCUAAGAAGAAAUGAAUUCUAACCGAUUUAAGUAUAUCGUCUGAAGGAUACAAAGAAGCAUAUAUAAAUAGAAUAUAAAGAAUAUCUUGCAGAUGAUGCAGCGUCUGUUGAAUAUAGAACCUUAUGGCUUAUCCUUUGGCAUGUAUGGAAUCUGAAACUGAAUUAUUUAUAUGAUAAAAUGAUGAAAUGGAAACUUAUGGCUUAUCCUUUGGCAUGUUUAGGAAGCCAUCAUCUAAGCAGGACAGAGACAACACAGACACUUGUGCCAGAGAGGGAACAGAAUCUUCCAAGUCUUCAAAGGGUAAUCUCAGACAAAACCGUUGACUUUGUUCCUUCUAAUUGUUUAUGCUAACCCCCAAGAAUUGUUUUUAUUCAAGGAUUACCAUAAAUCACUAUAUUAAGACAUAAUGUUCACCUCACCUUUCUUAUCAAAGAUACAAGUUAGCAAAACACAGGCAUAUUCAUUUUCUCCUCACUAGCCUUAUUUUUCCGAUAGUCAUAUUUAAGGAUAACCAUGGCUAUCCAUAAGAUCCUUUUCGCUUCACUUCUAAUCUGCUUACUGAUCCAAUCCAGUCAUGCUGCUACCAAAGAAAGGCUCUUCUCUGACCUGGAGAAAAGCGCACUUGAGGUCACCGCUACACCCAGCCGUGUUGGAGAAGGUGUUGUUUUGGCUGCAGGAGUUGAUAAGUUGAGCAUUACAUGGAAGGUAAGCUCGACUGCUACAAAGGAGCCUGAAUUUAAGGCCAUUAAAGUAAAGCUGUGCUACGCUCCGGCCAGCCAAGUUGACCGACCAUGGCGUAAGACAGAAAAUGAGCUCUUCAAGGACAAGAGCUGCCCACACAAGAUCUCUUCAUGGUCCUAUGAUCCCGCUAUGAAAGCCGGUCAAUCAUUCGACUAUACCCUCGAGCGCGACAUCCCUACAGGGACCUACUUUGUUCGUGCAUACGCUGUUGAUACCAAGGACCAUGAAGUUGCUUUUGGACAGAGCACAAACGAGGACAAGACAACCAAUCUUUUCAGCGUUCAGGCUAUCAGUGGCCGCCACAAGUCCUUAGAUAUUGCCUCUGUCUGCUUCAGCGUCUUUUCCGUCGUGGCUCUACUCGUCUUCUUUGUUAACGAAAAGAGGAAGGCUAAGAUAGAGCAAAGCGAAUAAGGCGUUAACUUUGGGUGAUUGCCACAUUGCACAAAAUGGCGUUCACUUUGAAUUUACAACUUUUAUUAAUUGUUUUUUUUGUUGGUUUCUUCCUCUGUACUUUUACUUGCGUGUCUGUAUCGUUAUAUUAAACCACUAGGUUAAGACCCGCGCCUUGCACGGGAUAAAUGUUAUAUAUA